AGAGACAGUCUCAUUCUCUGUCUACCUUGAUUCCUCCAUGAUUGGAGACAUUGUAAUCUUUGUUUUCAUGCUCAUCUCCCAAACUUGCAACGGAAGUGAUUCAAGUCACUGUGCAUCUUCUUCAUGUGGGAAUAACCACAACAUCAGUUACCCUUUUCGAUUACAAACUGAUCCUAAGAAUUGCGGAGACCAUAGAUAUGAGCUUUCUUGUCAAAACAAUUUGACGGUGUUAAAUCUUAACGGUGGAAGAUACUAUGUUCAGUCCAUCGAUUACGAUAACUUCACUAUCGGACUGGUGGACGCCGGCGUCCAUCCAGACAAUUGCUCCUCCAUUCCUCGUUUUCCAUUUAUAUACGAUCUGUCGAAAAGAUAUUCCACUUAUAUAUACCGAUGGUCAGAAUCAGAAGAAUACAAAAGGGCGGAUUUAUCGCAGCAGAUUAUGUUCAUAAAGUGUCAAAAUCCAGUGAAGUCUCCUCCUUACGUGGGAACAGCUCCUUGUCUUAACUCAUCUUAUGUAAAUAUAGGAGACAUGAAGGCAAACGAUUUGAUGGAGUUGUGCAGCGUGGAGAUGAUUAGUUUGUUUCCAUUAUUUCCGGCAAAGAAGAACAUGUCGUUUCUUGAAAUUCACAGGCAACUUGCAUUUGGGUUUCAGCUUUCCUGGCACAGAAUCUACUGUGAAAAAUGUCAUCCUUAUGAUUGCUAUCUGGACAGCAGAAAAGGCAUUCAAUGCUUUUACCGGCCGUGGUGGAUCCUAUGGAUUUUGCUUGGACCUUUCCACUAUAAAGGAAAUUUGCCUUAUGUCGGGGGUUUGAUCUUCUCGGAAAUUACAUGGAUACUUGUAUGGACGUUUGUUUAUCUUGGAAUGUGUUUUGUUGCAAGAGCUUUAUGUGGGGCUCCAUGUGUGAUUGCGUUUCUUAUUUAUAAAUGGAGAAGAAGGCAUCUAUCUGGGUAUGAAAAUAUUGAAGAAUUCCUCCAAAGUCACAAUAACCUUAUGCCAAUAAGGUAUUCUUAUUCAGACAUUCGAAAGAUCACUAGAGGUUUCAAGGAAAAGUUGGGUGAAGGAGGCUAUGGUUUUGUGUAUAAAGGAAAACUUCGUAGUGGUCAAUUUGCCGCAAUAAAGACGUUGGGUAAAUCUAAAGCUAAUGGACAAGAUUUUAUCAAUGAGGUUGCUACAAUUGGAAGGAUCCACCAUACCAACAUAGUAAAAUUAAUUGGUUUUUGCGUUGAGGGAUCAAAGCAUGCUCUUGUCUACGAAUUUAUGUCUAAUGGGUCUCUUGAUAAUUAUAUUUUUUGUGAAGAAGGAUCUAUUUCUUUGAGUUGGAAAAAGUUAUAUGAGAUAUCUCUUGGAGUGGCACGAGGCAUUGAGUAUCUACAUCAAGGUUGCAAUAUGCAAAUCCUUCAUUUUGAUAUCAAACCUCAUAACAUUCUUCUUGAUGAAAAUUUCACUCCAAAAAUUUCUGAUUUUGGGUUAGCUAAGCUUUAUCCAACUAAGGGAAGCAUUACAUCUCUUACCACUGUAAGAGGAACAAUUGGAUACAUGGCACCAGAGUUGUUCUACAAAAAUAUUGGGCGUGUUUCAUAUAAAGCAGAUGUAUACAGUUUUGGAAUGUUGUUGUUGGAAAUUGCAGGAAAAAGGAAAAACUUAAAUGCAUUGGCAGAAAAUUUGAGUCAAGUUUACUAUCCAUUCUGGGUUUAUGACCAACUCUCAAGUGGAAAGUUAACAAUAGAAGACUCAUCAGAGGAGGAAAAUAUAUUAGCUAGGAAAAUUAUUAUAACAGGACUAUGGUGUAUACAGAUGCAACCUUGUAAUCGUCAUCCAAUGAACAAAGUACUAGACAUGCUUGAAGGAGAUCUCAAAAGCCUAGAAUUGCCCCCAAGACCUAUUCUAUAUCCUGUAGAAUCAAUGAAUAUAGAUGAAGGAGAAUCAUCAAUGUCAAGUGAAGUAAAAUAGAUUCAGAAUAUUGUUUGGUUGAAAGAGAUGGUAAAAUGUUCUGAAACUUCUGUUACCUUUAUAAAUUGCUCUAUAGAAUUAGUGAUGACUUGAUAUGUUGUAAUAAUUCUAUGUGUUUAACUUGUUGAGUUUAAGCUAUUCCUAGUUACAUAAUAUGAUAAUGAAUUUGCAU